AUGUUGCGCAAAAACCUAUUGACGCUUGCACUUCAUUCGGCACUGGCAAUGGCCCAGACGUUAUCAGGGACUGCCCAGGUCUAUCUGAAUGUGACCACUGGUCCAACAGAGUAUCUGGCUUCUGGCAUACUUCUCGGCCUUCCCUUGAAUGACACACAAAUCCCCGAUUCGCUACUGUCAGAGUUCGGAUUCAAUAAAAUUCGGACCGGUGGCUCGCAGCUCCCAGCUCCUUCGCGAGGAUGGACUCAAGGAGAGCUCGCGGGACGGUAUGAAUCGCUCAAAGCAGACUGGGACACCUUACAGCGCCAUGGAGGAGGAACUUUCCAAAUCAUGAUCCACGAUAUGUGGGGGACCGAUAGCUGGCCUAGCUUGGACGCAACCCCCAUGCCCGGUGACAAUGGAUCGUAUGUGGAUUUUGACAACUUUUUGGAUACCUUGUUUGCACUGCUUAUUGAAGAUGAUAUCAUCGAUAACGUAUACUGGGAUAUGUGGAAUGAGGUUGACAAUGUGGACUUUUUGAAUCGUGGACUCGAUAGAUGGCUUGAAUACUGGGGCCAUGCAACCCAUAAGAUCUGGAAUGAAUUUCCAAAUGCAAAGGUUACGGGCCCCUCUUACGGUCACCUACCCAACUUUGCUGGCGACACGAUAGAUUGGUUCACUGAAUGGGCUCAGUUCAUUCAGCAAAAUAAAUCGAUCCCCGACGCCAUGAGCCUACACUUUCUUUAUCCAAACGGCGAUCUGGAGCUAUCUAUCACAACCUGGCAAGACAUCUUAUCGGCUGCGGGCGUCGACUAUCAAGGCACGUGGAACGUACAGGAAUACGGAAAUCCCGAUCAACUUUAUCCGUCAGGAGCGGCUUGGAACAUUGCUCAGCUAGAGCGAAUGAAUGCCCCUGGACUUCGAGCAAACUGGAUGUCGGGCUUCCAGCUUCAUGACUAUGCAGCCAACCUUCUCAAUACAUGCGUCAACCCACUAUCCCUCGACGGUCUCUUUACGCUUUCAGCCGAGAGUAAAAAGGCAACUCUCAGUACAUCGACCCCAAUAAGCUAUGGCUCUGUCACUGGCCAGCCCCGACUGCGCGAACAGAUCAUUGAGUUUUAUCAAUCUCAGCUUCCUCCAGGGAAGAUCACAGAUCUGCAUGUAGCGAUUACUCAGGGUACAAUCUCCGCAAACUAUCUCGUUCUUGACACUUUCCUCCAUCCAGGUGACCACGUCAUUGUUCAGUAUCCUACUUACCAGCAGCUUUUUUCUGUUCCCCGUCGAGGAGGCGUUGACGUUUCAUUAUGGAAGUCUGAUCCUGAAAACAAUUGGGGUCUAGAUCCUGAAGAACUAAAACGGCUUGUGGUAAAAGGCAAGACGAAGAUGAUUGUCAUCAACAGCCCUAACAAUCCUACCGGGGUGUCAAUUCCAGCUGCUGUGUUACGUGAAAUCGUCGAAAUCGCGGCCGAGAACGAUCUUUUGAUUCUAGCUGACGAAAUUUUUCGUCCGCUGUGUCACGGACAAAAUCCCGAAACUGAGCUGCCACCAUCAAUCACUGCCUGGGCAGGGACUUACAAGAACAUCAUAUCAACCGGAUCACUUUCCAAGGGCUUCUCUCUACCUGGUCUACGAAUUGGAUGGGUUGUAUCCCCAAACCCACAGAUUAUUGACGAGAUAAAUCUUGCCAGAGACUACGUGACACUCUCCGUUUCUGGCAUUGAUCAAGAAAUCGCCUCUUUUGCCCUUUCACCUGAUAUCCGCGGAAAGAUUCUAUCCCGAUCAGCAGACAUAUGUGCCUCAAACCUUGCCCUGCUUACUGAGUUCGUGGAGGAAUGGAAGUCGAAAGGCAGAUUGAAUUGGGUUAAACCCGUUGUGGGAGCAUCGGCGUUCGUGCAGGUGUUUGAUUCUACGGGACAGCCGGUAGAUGACAAGGAGUAUUCCGAGAAUAUGAUUCAAGAAACGGGGUUGUUGAUCAUACCUGGUGGGUACACGUUUGGCAAUGGUGAGGAGAAUGUCCCGGAGGAGACCUGGACUCUUGAAGAUACACUUAAAUUCGCGGAAGCUCUCGCCCAGCGAGAUGCCAUUGAUUUCCGCGACAUACAAUUGAGCAAUAAUACGGCGCAGGGUCCUAUCGCCGUACCGCCGCUCCUUCACCAUCCCGCAGAUACAGCCUACGACUAUCCCUCACCGUUCUCCGCCGUCCGUCCGAAUAACAACCCCGCCAGAGGCCUUGGUAUCCGAGUGAAUAAGUCGCCUUCCGGUUUUCGUCUGUGGAAUCCGAUCAAUCACGUUCCACGGGUCACUGUUGGCACAACCCGCCGUGGACUAGCCUCCGAGGAGGCCAUUGGUUUCGCAGCACCGGAACGUGACGCAUAUCCUCUACUUUCAAUACCAGCACCUCACCCUCAGCGUGUCAGUGCGUCUCCGACUAGUCUCGCCGUUGAGCAUAGUAUCGGUGAGGCCGAAACUGGUCGCACAAGCAUCGCGCUGCCCAGCAGUCGUCGGCGUAGCCAGCAGUUCGAGCCAGAGGAAGUUCAAGAUAUGCCGACAGAAGAGAAUGCUACGAAUCGGAGUCACAUCCGACCGGAUGACGGUAUAGUGCAUCCUCCUCGUCAUGCACCGUCGAAUAACUCGUUACGGGCUUCGACGUUCGCUUCGUAUCCGUCCAAUGGAGGCAAUAAUACUACUAGCGCAGAACCGGACUCCGAAGAAAUAGCUUGGGGCCCUGCACAUCCAUGUUUUCCACACAUGAACCCGCAUGUCCCGUUACAAUCAGAGGAGUUCACAACAACUCGAAUCAUUCGCAUUCGUCGCGACUGGAUGGUCAAGGGCGAUCUUGCCCCGACGUUUUCGAACCUAUAUCCCGAGAUUUUAGACCCUAUACUACCCGAACAAGAAUUUCGUCGGAUAAUCGCCAAGGUCAAUGGCGAAUUAGUGAAAGCAUUUGACCCAUUUUCUCUGCGGAACUGGUUUGAUUCUGCGAUGGGCUUGAUGACUGGAUGGAUAUGGGAUGGGCUGGGUUUUGCCGGUAUCAAGACACAUCUACGCAAUGUAGAGGAUUGGCUGGAGAAAUGGAAUCGUGAAGUUGGAUCGAAAGACGGUGUGCGUAUUUGGAGUCUUCGACGGACAGCUUAUAUGACAUUGGAUAUUCAAAUACCCGAUCCGAAAGUUGGUCUUGUCAAUCCUGAAGAUUCCUCUAUACCUGGAACGAGACCGCAUACUGGAUUUGAUGCGGAGACUCCAACGGCGCCCGCUCCGUCUCAUCUGCGGUGA